AUGGUGGUGCGGCGGGGAGGCGGGGGGCUGGGGCUGCUGCAAGGGGAGGGGCCGGCCGCGCUGCUUCUCGGGCCCGCGGGCCUGCGGCCGCUGGGCGGAGAGGCAUGGGACGGCCAGCAGGCCCCCGCAUCCGUUCCCGACUUCAGUGGCGCCGACGCGUACCGCGGCCGGGGCACAACCGAGCUGCUGCGCGGCCUGGCCGUCUUCCGCGCCUGCUCCCUGCGGGCCUUCGUGGAGAGGGCCGAAGAAAUGUACUCCGGGGCGAGGCGCCUACUGGGGCCGCGGCUGGCGGACGAGGCGGUGCGCCGCACGUUCUUCAGGCACUUCUGCGCCGGUGAGUCGUCCGCACAGUUGGCUUCGACUCUGGAUUGGCUACGCGAGCACGGCGUGGGUGGCAUCGUGAACUACCACACGGAGGGCGGCCUCGAUGGCGGCGGUGAGGUCGCCGACCACCAAAGUGCGGAGGAGAGGCGGCGGGCCGUGCUGGAGCACAACCUGGGGCUCAUCCUGGAGUCUAUCGAGAUGAGUGCCCGCGCGGGCGGCCACAAGUUCAUCGCCAUAAAGCUGACCUCCAUGGCGCAGCCGUCGCUGCUGGAGAAACUGUCGGAGGCACUGAAGGCGGCUAAGGGAGCAGGUGGCCUGCAGGGCGGUGACGUCGAUCCCCACCAGCUGCUGACGUGUCACAUGAACGCGGUGCGAAGCGGCAGGCGCGGCAUGGAUGCCCUAGAGAGCUGGGCGGACGCUCCGACGGUGAGGGAAGCCGACCGGCUGCUGACGUCAGCGGGGAGAGUGGCGGAGGCUGCCGCGGUGCAGGGCGUGCGGGUGCUGGUGGACGCGGAGCAGACGUACCUGCAGCCGGCGGUGGAUUACGUGACGGCCCAGCUGCAGCGCGCCCACAACGGCACCUACGCCGUCCUGCUCAACACCUACCAGGCCUACCUCAAGGACUCGGCCGCCCGCCUAGAGGCCGACCUGCUCCGCUGCCGGUCCGGCGGCUACACCUUUGGUGGCAAACUGGUGAGGGGCGCGUACAUGGUGGAGGAGAGGCGGCGCGCGGAGGAGCGGGCAGUGCCCAGCCCUGUGCACGACACCAAGCGGGAUACCGACGGCAACUACAACAGGUGCGCGAGGCGCCUUCUGCGGGAAAUCGGUGAAGGGCGCCGCGCGGAGGUUGUGCUGGCGACGCACAACCACGACUCGGUCAACGGCGCCGUUGACCUGAUGAGGUCCAUGGGCAUGGCGCCGCAGGCCACUCCGGUGUACUUUGCGCAGCUGAUGGGCAUGAGCGACUACCUGACCUUCUCGCUGGGCCACAGCGGAUACAAGGUCCUGAAGUGCCUCCCCUACGGCCCCGUGCACGAGCUGAUGCCCUUCCUGGUCCGGCGGGCCCAGGAGAACGCUGACGUCAUGGGCGGCGUGGCCAAGGACGUGGAGAUGACGUGGGCCGAGAUUCGGCGCCGCGUGCCGGCCCUGCUGCCCCACGCACCGGGGCACGGAUGGGACAGGGUGCAAAAGGCUUGA